UUAAAAGCAUUUGGUUACUCCUCUCCUUGGAAGGGACAGGAACAGAUGUACAAGCUGGACAUAGGCUGGCCUAAAAUUCCAGAAUACUUCACUGGUCAAACAUUUUGUGUUGCUGUUGACUCUCUUCAUGGUUUGGUCUUUGUGGGACAAAGGGGAGACAAUGUACCAAAGGUACUUGUAUUCUCAGAGGAAGGCUAUUUUCUUUACUCCUGGAAUAAUACAGUUGAAAUGCCUCAUGGUAUCUUUGUAUUGAACACUGCAACAGAUAGUUCAGUAUGGAUCACAGAUGUUGGAACAGGGAAAUACGGGCACACUGUGAAACAGUAUAGCCCUUCGGGUAAACUUAUGCAGAUCUUGGGCACGCCAGGUAAUGCUGGUUCAAGUUUGAUUCCCCUACAAUUUGAUCAACCAGCAGAGAUCUUUGUAGAGGAAAGUGGAGAUAUCUAUGUUGUGGAUGGAGACGGAGGAAUGAAUAACAGAUUGCUCAAACUAUCCAACGAUUACAAAGAGAUAUGGCUGGCUGGAACAAAUGGGACCGGCAUUGGUCAGUUCAAGAUUCCUCACAGUGUAACAGUGGAUCCUUUUGGACGGGUAUGGGUUGCAGACAGAGACAACAAAAGAAUCCAAGUUUUUGAUAAAGUCACAGGGGAAUGGCUCGGGUCUUGGAGCAGCUGUUUUUCAGAAGAUGGACCCUAUUCUGUCAGAUUUACGGCCAAUUACAAAUACCUGAUUGUAGCUCAGCUGAACAUCAACCGGUUAGCAAUCUUGGCGGCACCACCGGUUGGCUCUAUUGGGGACUGUGUUAUGGUCAACACAGUCCAGCUGGCAGAUGAGACCAAACCACACCUUGUGGAUGUAGACAUGAAGAGCGGAGCGGUCUAUGUUGCAGAGAUUGGAGCCCAGCAAGUACAAAAGUACAUACCUUUAAGCUGAUGGUUUCCCACAGCUGCCGUGGCACAAGCUGUGUGACAUAUAAGACCUAUGACCACAUUUCCUUGAGUUUUCUGUAGCUUGUGUUUCCUUAGACAAGCACAGAACAUUGUGCUCCCAGAACAGUAGAGCUAAGAAUCUGUCCUAGCUGUUCUGCGGUCCUGGAGAAGUACUUGGUACUGAGCUGUUACUCAUUUUAGUAAUGCUAUGGUGGCUUUUGCUUUUGUUGCUGGGAAUUGUAAAAUGACUUUGAUAAGCAUCUUAAUUUUAUUAUAUAAAACUUCACAAACACAGAUGCUGUUUUUAAAUGUAUAGGGUCAUCUUGGGGCUCCUCUGCUUAGCCUGUUUGUGUUGUUAAAUGAAGGUCAGAACUGUCUGAAGUGUAUAAAUGGUUUCCUGGAAAGCAAGCACCUCAUUUUAAUGUUUCUUCACUUGUUUUUUGGAUUCAUUGUGCUGGUACUGCCCAACAAUGAAUACAGAGAUGCAUUAUGAUGUUGAAUAAGGUGCUGCUGGAUACUGGUGUCAGUGCUGAUACUGGCAUCUGCCUUAGGUGGUUAAUAACAUAAGCAUUGGAAUCUAAGUUUUCAGCUCUACCUAAAGUGGUAAAGUCUGUAAUAAGCUUAAGUUAAAUUGAUAUUGGGCACUUCGAAUUAAGUUAAAAGUAUGUGCACAGCAGCCAAGUACUGCUUCUUACUAAAUCAAUUCUUAACCUGGUUUGAUUUAUAUCAGUAUGAGUUUUCUGUUCCGUAAGAUUUCAUAGUGGAACGUAUUGAAGUUCAACUCAUAAGUUCCUCAAGAUAAACAAAUUGCAAUUUGCUCGGAAAGUCUUAAUCAGCAUUAGGGACUGGGAGACACAUGAUUUUCUCCCAAUUUCAUUGAAGCUCCGUCAGUUAACAGCAGUGCAUCUGUUUGGAUUUGGGGAUUUUAAACUGUUUUAUAUCCAGCGUUUAGACUUCAUCAACUCCAUUAAUGUCUAGAGUUAAGUUUCUUAUGCUAUAUCCUAGCAGAUGUCUCCAAAGUCUGUUGUAAAAAAUGCUGUCUCUUUCUAUUCCCAGUCCAGAGUCGUUCUGUUUUCUUCACAUGUUGCAACAAGAUUUUAAGUUAGUUCACUUUAUAGCACAAAGGGAAAUGGGUAUAGGAAAAUGGGAUGGGGAAAAUGGCAUGGCAGAAAUGAGACAGUGAAUAACUGAUUACCUCUGUAAAGCUGUGAACCCACAUUCCGUAUUUAUCUACUAGCUCUUCAAAACAUUUGAGAGGUUUUUUGCUGUUUCCACACACUUAUUCUACUGUGUGGACUAUUUUAAUGCUAAUUACCAGCUAAGAGAGGCAAUUUUUUUUCAACUUCCUUAGAAAGGGAAUAUGGGAAAUGGAAUUAUUCUGAUGGGAAGUAUCCACUUCAGUGAGUGUUAUCAAAAGCAAAUGCAUCUUAAUUUGGCAGGUUUCAACCUAUGAUCACAAAUUUCUGGGUCAGCAGAUGGGAAAACUAUCCAGAAAAGUCAGAUUCAUAUGUUCCGUAGAAAGUAACUCAGCUGUGGAGCUUGAUGGCUUGAUUUCAGUACUAUUUGAGAUUAAUGCACUAAAUAUGAAUGCUUUGUUGUUGGCUACAUCCACAAUAACAAAAGAUCCAACUUGGCUGCCCUCAUGCAAGCCUUAGAACCAGAACUUCAGGGUUAUACACUAACAAAUACGAUCCAUCAUUCACAAGGUCUUGAAUGGGAGCUAGUAAGCAAUAUUUAUUAGCUGAAAAAGUAGCAGUACUUCCUCUAGACUUAGAUGGAUAGGUCCACAUUGCUUUGCAGUGUGUUGUUUGGAUUUUCUGACUAGGUCUCCACUAGCUCAGGGAUCUCUGCUCUGUGUGCAGUUUAGCUAUUUCUCAUCCACACAAGGUGGAUUUCUUUUCAAAAAUAUUACGCUCAAAUGUAGUUAAUGAUA